UAUCAACUCACCACCGUCGACCCAAUUCACCCCGCCCGCGCAUGGCCAUGAGCGCUGUCGCUGCCCCUCGAAAGCCCCUCGUCGACUGCUGUCAUGUGUCCCCAGCCUGAUGGCCCGGGUCUGCCCUCCAGCGCGUCUGCAAUAAUGGCGUCCGCAGGCCACCUGUCAGCGCAGAAGGAGCCGCGGCUCGACGCCGGCAACAAGGACCAUGACCACUAUGCUCAGCGGCUGCCGGCAUGGCGCAAUACGCUGCGACGGGUCUUAAUCCCCGUCGUUCGAUGGGAGACUCCAUAUCUCGCCUACAUGCAGGACAAGCUGCGCACUCCUGCGCUCGACUCGUACUUCGCCUUCACGGCGAACCUUGGGACGCAUACCUUCUUCAUGGUGUUUCUGCCGAUUCUCUUCUGGUGUGGAUACACCAACAUCGGCCGAGCGAUGGUACAUAUGCUGGCUGCCGGCGUCUUCUGGAGUGGCUUCUUCAAGGACAUGCUAUGUCUACCACGUCCACUCUCGCCUCCGCUGGCCCGCAUCACCAUGUCCGGUUCCGCCGCCCUGGAGUAUGGCUUUCCCUCGUCUCACUCCACCAAUGCGGUAUCCGUCGCCUUCUACGCCAUCUAUAUGCUCCAGGGCGCUCGCGAGCAGCACCACCCAAACGUUUUCAUGGCAUUGCAGGCCCUUUUCUACUUCUACGGCGCAUCCAUCGUCUUCGGUAGACUAUAUUGCGGCAUGCAUGGCUUUCUGGAUGUUAUCGUCGGGAGCAUUCUUGGCGCUGGUAUAGCUGUUCUGCAGGUGCUGUACGGCGACGCGGUGGAUACUUGGGUCUUCAGCGGCGGUUACAUGAACCCCCUGAUUGUGACUUUACUAAUCCUGGUCCUUGUCCGGAUUCAUCCCGAGCCCGCAGAUGAUUGCCCCUGUUUUGAUGACAGCGUAGCAUUUGCUGGUGUUGUCAUUGGUAUCAACAUCGGAGCCUGGCAUUAUCACCUUACAGGAUACGCCGUGAACGACCCAAUUCCCUCGACAAUUCCCUUCCAGCUGGCGAACGUUGGCUUGAUCAAGGCAGCUCUCCGGAUCCUCGUCGGCGUGGUGGUCAUCUUCAUGUGGCGAGCAACUAUGAAGCCAGCAUUGUUCAAGGUCUUGCCCCCCGGAUUUCGACUACUAGAGCAUGUGCGCCUCAACUUGCCGCGCGCUUUCUUCUUGAAUGCUUCCAAGUACACCAGCAUUCCGACUUUGCGCGGAGACGACAAUGUAAUUCCUCCCGCCUCAGAGCUACCUCAAAUGCUCAAAAACCUGGCCCACCCUCGCAAGCGUUCCGUGUCCGUGGGGCCUCAGUCUGCCGCGGAUGCUUACGAGACUCUUGCCUACCGGAACAGGCGUCGAAGAGAGAGCAUUAAUUCGCUGGACGGUGCCGUACCUGAGGAGGGCUCUUGGUCCCCCACCAGAAAGGAAGACGCCUCUGGCGCACUCAAACCCCAAUCGAAACCCCGUUGGGAUGUUCCACUAGGUGUCGGCCUUCUGCCUACGCCAAUGGCUUCCCGAGUCCAUUCGUACGAGCACAUGAUGGGAGCGGGGCGCGUGGACAAUCAAAUCCUCACUCCCCCAGAGAGCGACACGGACUUCGCAGGCGAAGCCCAGCAGUCACCAGCAGAGGAGGAGGAAAAUGAGAAACGGGAGAUUUUCAUGCAGCUGACGAAACCUCGUGUGAGGUACGAUGUUGAAGUCGUCACGAAGUUGAUCGUUUAUGGAGGUAUUGCAUGGUUAGCCGUUGCAGGCAACCCAAUCUUCUUCGAACUAUUAGGUCUAGGCGCAGGCGUUCCGCCAUAGCUAUGGCAUAAUGUUGCACAUAACUGUCCAGCGAAUCUCCUUCAGCGGCGACUGUAUAUAGCAUUUGAUAAGCGUAAUAAGAUACCCAUGCUCUCGACC